CUUAGACGUUGGCAACUUACGCCUUAUCUCUACGCCAUGGUUCCCCUGGCAUGGGUUGGCCCUUAACUUGCAUGCAUUGGCACAUAAAUCCCAGUCUAGGGAUGAGUCUCUGCGUCUUGACGUCGUCGUCCGUGUUCUUAUCUCGUAUCUGGCUUCAAACUCAUUAUUGAACCUGCUCACCGCAUCUUUCCACCGCCUGCUAACCCCGUUGGGAGGAAGAGAGCAGUAUAUCUGUCAUCACAUCCCUUCAGAAGGCAUCAUCGUGACGCCCUCGUAUUCCAAACUUCUGUGUGUUCGAGCUCUGCGACCCCUUCCCCAACGCCUUCAAAAUGUCUGCUGCGACGAAACAACAACCGCCGGCGAUUCCUCCUCGACCUUCUAGGAGUCAAGAUAGGGACUCGAUGCCAAAGAUCCCUCCGAGGCCCUUUAACCGCCGAAUCGACCGCUCUCUCUCCCCAAAUCCCGACCGCUUUGCCCCGUCGCCUCUCAACGAGAGCCCCUUCCAGUCGAAGAGUUCGAAUGCGCGCCGCUUCGGCACCGGCCAACAUGGCGAUCCUAUUGACCGACCUCAAUCCGUCGAAUUGCCCUCGGUCGGCGAGGAGGGUAGGGAAUAUGAGCUCUUGACCGAUGAGCUACACACCCCACGCGAGCAGAACUUCAGCCCCGAGCAGACACAUACCGUCGGCCAAGACCUCAAGCUGCAUGCACCAAGACCUUCCCUACCUGCCCAGAGCGCAAAGCAGAGAGUCAUGACUGUCACCAGGACAGACUCGGACAAGGCCGCCUCGUUUGGCAUCGGCAGGCCGAGUAGCGAAGAGCAGCGCGGCCCAUCGUCGAACCACAGCUUGAGGAAGAAGGCAAGUACCAUCAGCCAGCGGUCGACCCCCGAAAGCCAUAUCGAAGACGAGCAAGGCAUUCCUGAGAUCGGCCAGCAAGUCCCAAUGUAUCCCGAUGCUGGAGAUGUCCAGGCCCCCUCUCCAGCUCCUCCUACUUCGGGAAUGCCCGAGGGCCGGAGGUCGAAAAACCACACUCGACGGACUUCGGGUCUCGGCGGCCUGCCGCCGGGCAGCUACGGUUUACAUGGCCACGGCUUGGUGCCCCAGGACCGGUUGGAGAAAGCCUACUUUGAGAAAAACCCCCACCUGCUCAAGAGGGAGUUCACUCCCCACCACCACGAUCGCCCCUACGACUUCUCGAUGAGCAGUGAGGAUCUCAACAAUAUUGUCCGGGAUACUGCCAGCCAAGGGCCUGGCUACGCAUCCGCUGAACACAUUGGAACCCCCAGCGAACAGGUCGGCUGGCAAGCCAUUGAGGAGUCGGCAUCACAUGCGGCUCCCACAAGCUCCCAACCCGCAGACAUGAAGUCUCCUUUGAAGCAGAGCUUCCAGCCAGAAACCACCGUCCCACAUACAAACCUCAGCGAACAUAGAAGCUCUGAGGACGGAGCCAUCCACGUGGACGAGCCCGGCCGUAGGUCUGUGAUAUUCAGUGAGGAGACGCCCAACGACGCUGGUGAGGAGCAUGUUUACAGCACUCCCAUAUUGGCUGAAGACGAGGUCCGCAAGCACCCUUCACCGUACGACCAUCAGCCUGCAGUUGAGCCGCCCCCAGGCGCCUUCGAGGCAGAGGAGGGCACUAGCCGACCGUCCAGCCGGCCCAGUCUAUACAGGGUCACGUCGAUGGAGCAUCAGUCAACUCCGCUCGAAGACGUCGAAGAGUACGAGCCACUGUUCCCGGACGACGCAAAGGCAGACACCACCAAGCCCACAGAGGAGCCAAAAACCAAGACCCAGAAGCUUCACAAGCAACGCUUCCCAAGUCGCGAUAUCUGGGAAGAUGCUCCUGACAGCGUGUACUAUACCGCCCACGUUUCCACUCCAGAUGUCUCUGAAGAGUCUGCCAAGGCCGCAAUAACCACUUCCCCGCCUCCCCGGGACGGUGAAACUCCAGCGCAGGCGUUCGCCCGCCAUCAGGAACAGCUAGCGGAGAAGGAAUUUCGCCGACACGGGGCAGACUCGUUUCCGCCGAAUAAGGAGGGACAGAAGCCGAUAUGGGCCCACCACCAGUCCCACCUUGCGGCCGAGAAGGCACGCCCGUCACCAGCGCGAAGAUUUCCCAGCCGGGAUGUGUGGGAGGAUACGCCUGACAGCCUGCGGCUGGAGACCACAGUUUCAACCCCCCAAAGGGACCUCGAUGCCGAUUCUCCCGCUGAAUCCAAGCCUGAAGUCCCUGCACGCCCAGUAAGGAAGCCCACAGAUCCAUCGCCCGUCUCAGAACGGCCGGCAGUGCCACAGCGACCCAAGCCGAAGCAGUCGUCGAGCGAAGAUGACGUAACCUCCAACCGUUCAGCAACGUUAUCUUCGCCAAGCCCUCCGACGAUCCCGGACCGACCCAAGCCCCAAAUCCCCGUCAGGCCCGUCGUGGCCGGACCCACAUCCGGCGGUCUAGAACCAGGGGAGGCCGCGGCUCCACCGAAGCGGAAGCCCGCCGUCCCCGCCAGGCCCAUGGGUUCGAAGCUCGCGGCCCUGCAGGCCGGCUUCAUGAGCGACCUCAACAAGAAGCUCGGCCUCGGCCCCCAGGCACCCAAGAAGGAAGAGCCGCCAGCGGCAGAGGAGAGCCUCGUCGAACCUAAGGAGAAGGUGCCCCUGAGCGACGCGCGUAAGGGCCGUGCGAGGGGCCCCCAGCGGAGAGCCCCGGCCAAGAGCCCCAGCCCCGCGACGGUCCCCAAGGUGGAGCCGGCCCUGGCAUUCACCCUGCCGUCCACAGUGUAUGAAAUCGACCCUGAGGGUGGCGAGGUCAACAUGGGCGGCGGCCGAGGCGGCGCUGCUGUGGAGAAAGCAGCUUCACCGGAGAAAGCAGCCUCGCCAGAUACCACGCAGCCAGGCGGGGAGAAAGCCGAAUUGGAAGGGGAGGAACGGCAACCCGACGAUGAGGCGAGGCCCAAAGACAAGUCGCCAGAGCAGGGCGACAACGAGGGACCAGAAGCCCCUCCGUCGGAGCAGAGGGCCGAAGAGCGAGCCGUUUCGCCAGAACCAGAGGACGAGGAAGCACAAGCCGAGCCCGAGCCCGGGGUCGAGGAGACCAAGUCCCUAGCCACCAACAUGGCCGGCGAGCCGGUGGUGGAGGAAACCCUCCGGGUGGACGAACGGCAUGACGAGGUCGAGCCUACCAAGGUCGAAGAACAUUGACAGUGAGGAUGUCCUGGCGGCUGUGUUGGGAGUCGAAGCUGGAUUGUUUCUUAUCCUUUCGUUUUGUUUGCCCCCCUUCGCUUUUGGUUCCCGAACUAGGUACACGAGCUUGGAGGUUGUUGCCCAGCAAUAAGUGGCCCGCAUAUUUAGGGAGUGUAAUCAUCGAACUGAUAUUCGAAAUAACAAUAUUUGGUUAUCCAUCCAGAAGCUUACUCGCAGUCAGGCAGCCUAGA